CUCAGCAGCGGAGGAAGGCGACGAAGAGCCAUUGCCAGAGCGCAUUAAGCGAUGGCUCUAGCCUGAGUUUUACUUCUAAUUCUCUGUCCGAGCUGCGCUGUAAAAAACAUGGCGUGAGACGAGACGUGUGACAGUAAGAGCGAAGGCUGUCGGGGGAGUUUACUCGUAGCGGCAGCCCGCGCGCUGCCGCUGCCUGGAAGUUUUUCCUCCUGUUGUUUCUCCGUCGGGGUGUCCCGACGGCGGCGGCGGAGGUGGCGGCGGCUCUCUCCCCGGAGCGGUGUCCCGAUCUGCCCAGCCCCAUGCAAAACGUAACGGCCCCUGGCGGCUCUGGCAACUCCAAUGUCACCUGCUCCUGCAACUGCACCGCUUCCCAGCCACAGGGAAUGGAGAUAUCUGAACUGGAGUUUGUUCAGAUUGUCAUCAUCAUCGUGGUGAUGACAGUGAUGGUGGUGGUGAUCAUUUGCCUCCUCAAUCACUACAAGCUAUCCACGUGGUCCUUCAUAACACGCCAGAGCCAGGCCCGCAGGCAUGACCACACCCUGCAGCAGGAUGGCUGUCUGUGGCCUGCAGACGGUGGCUCUCGACACGGUGCCUCAGAGGUGUUAUAUGCCCCCCAGGCCAGGGAUCGCUUCACUGCUCCUUCCUUCAUGCAACGGGACCGCUUCAGCCGCUUCCAGCCCACUUACCCCUACAUGCAGCAUGAGAUCGACCUGCCGCCUACCAUAUCAUUGUCAGAUGGAGAGGAACCCCCGCCGUACCAGGGCCCCUGCACACUGCAGCUCCGCGAUCCUGAACAGCAGAUGGAACUCAACAGGGAGUCAGUGAGGGCGCCGCCCAACCGGACCAUCUAUGAUAGUGACUUGAUCGACAUAGGGAACGGGGGCGGUCUGGGGGGGACUGGUGGAGGUUUAGGAGGAGGUGGCCCAAGGCCUCCCAGCAGUAACUCUGGCAUCAGUGUGACCAACUCCUGCAGUCAUGGGGGCAUGGAGGGGCCUCCACCCGCAUACACCGAGGUGAUGGGCCAUUUUCCGGGCUCGGCAUUCUUUCUACACCAGCACAGCAAUAACCAGAGAUUAGGGAGACCAGAGGGACUUGGGAGCAGGACGAUCCAGCGGCAGAGUCAAUCAGAAAGCACAAUAGUACCUGCCAAGGCAAAGGAUGGCAAACCAGAGGACCUGGUUUGAGCAAAGGGGAGGACAGUUAGGGCCAACCCCUCCGUACUUAACACUGUUCCCCAUGUUUACCCCUGAUGCCUAAGCUUUGGUCCAGCAUCGCUCCGUCGUGCUCAUGUCCUCUCUCCACACUUCCGCGCACAAACACAUCUUGACCUGAGCUACAACUAAACUAGUAUGGAGAAACCACGAGCGAAUUUCAUUUGACUUUUUAUCCAGCUAGCACCAUUUGGGAAUAGUAUUUUACCCUUCUCAUGGAGAGGGAAAAAACUGGCAUGCACAGACUGUUUUGUUUUCUGUGUGUGGACAAUGGAAGGUUGUUUUGUUGGUCUUUUGUUUAGUUUUUUUGGACCGGGAUCUGUGCACAACGUGAGAAACUGAGAACCCAGUUCAGAGAGAUAACAGAACAAGACUCACCAAUCCAAAUCUUAGUGCCAAGGCUCACAAAGAAGCAAGGAGGGCAAAUGACAUCUUCUAUUAAUAUAAACAAAAGAAAAGUUCCCUAAAAGUUGCACUAUCUUUUUUUUU